AUGACACCAAUCAAAGCCCAGCGUCCUGUGACGAGACAUAGCGCAAAAAAGGAAACCGCAGUUAAUGGUGCAACGUCCGUUUCCGAAGCAAAAUCAGAUAGUUCAACGGAGGAACUGGUCAUUGAUGUUAACACUAGCAAUGAUUCAACGAACCAAAAUAACGCACGAGCAGAAACAUCCAGUGGUAGUAUAGCAAAAGAAACUACAUCCACAAAAAAGUCACCCGCGAAACGUCCGAUACGAAAACGUAGGCGAAUAUCGCUGCCAUUUGAUCAAGAUGAUCAAGGAUUCACUCAAACGUUUGAAGACUCCAUUCGCAGUUCUGCGGCAAAAAACAAUUUAUCUCCGAUGUGUGUUAAAAAGCUGCUUAAGAAAUUGGUGAUGAACGAUCAUGUUUUUGCGAUAGUAAGACUGAAGGAAGAAGAAGAGCAAAGCCGGAAGGCCGCCCCGGAGGUUCAGAAAAACGACGAUAACACUGAAAGUGUUGAAAAAGCGGAGCUCACUGAAAAGUCGGAGUGUGAGGACGACGACGACGACGACGAAGAAAAGGAACAGCUGCAACCAAAGCUAACGCGUCUCAAGGCAAGGCAGCUAAAUAAAAAGCUACUUCCAGUGGCGCCCCUAAAUGCACCGCCCCCUGAUGUGGCCGCACUGAUUCGGGAAGAUCUUAAUUCGGACGACGACGACGAUGAGUACAGACCGGGGGAAGACGAUGUCGUAUCGGACGAUGAUACCAACACAACCUUUUCGGAUGCGGAAUCACAGCCACGAACUCCCGCUUCGAUUGUCGUCGGGGCGGCCAACGACCCGGAAAUGGAGCAGCCGUGCACCAUGGAUGGGCCAUUUAAAGUACCGAAGCCACGAUGCGACAGCCAGUCACAGUCCGAACAGGAACAGGAAAACAUUGCCUUGCGUACUCGCUCCAAGUUCUGUCUGACCACGACAGCGAUUGAGACGUUGGAGUCCACGUUCAUGCCACCGGAUAUAACGACCGAUAUGUAUGACCAUGACUGUGAUAUGGACCAAGAGUGGAGAGUAUUCUUGGAAGAAUUUACCAAACCGUUACCCAACGAUUUAGAUGACGACGACGACAACGAUCCGGAGUACGUGGCAGCUGACAAAAUACCUUUGGAUGCUGAAGAAAUGCGUCAAGUAAAGGUCUCGAAAAAGGAACUAAAUGAACUGGUGAAUGAGUUGGUGCAAAUGACUUCACUAGAUGACGAAUCGUUCUUAGAUCUAGCUUUAAAUGAUACCAUCAAUGAAUCGUUGACUUGUCCGCGAAUAGAUCGAUCGGAACUAUUGACCACACCCUUGCCGCCGUCGAUAAUAGAACAGGAAAAUACUUCGACACCUUUACCAUCAACUCAAGAUAGUCUUCUGCCAGCGCAAUCGCUGGUGGAUUAUGUUGAUAGAACCGUUGAAAAACGUUACUUUUUCCGGGAAGAAACUGUACCAAUCGACAUUCAGUUCACCGAAGACCAGAUAGGCUUAACGGACUUUCAGUUCCAGCUUUUGCAUCAGCAGCUUCGUGUACACGUACAGCUAACGGCGACACACUUUCUACAAACCUAUGGACACCCGCAAAUGUGGAAGCUGGCCAAAACCUUCAAGGGCAUUCUGAAUGAGCUGCACGACAUUGGUAAACAGAAACCGAACAUGAUGCCCUCGAAUCUUCCUUUGGCUGUCGAGUGCUGCCAAAGCUGGGAAGAUGAGCUGGCGAUCGACAAUUCUAGCAACAAAGAAUUGAUCGACUUCUGGCAUAACGAGAUACGACGUAAUCGUAAUCCACACAAAACAGGUGACUUCCAUUGGCGCGUGAUGGAAAAGAUAGUGAACUGUGAAGCAUUCUUGUAUGCGGCAUAUUUACCUUAUAAACCGUUUCGUCCAAAGUUAAAGCCGUUCAACUACAACAGUCCCGUAACGUUUUUUCUUCAAAAUGGUUAUGCUCCUCCCUUCAAGCAUGUGCUAGAAGUAUUCGACUUAAACAACAUCAUUCCCAUUGCGUUGUAUCAAAAGGGAAUCAUCCAUUACAACUGGGAUCGCUAUUUGUAUUCGGAUGAAAGGAAAAUAUUUGGCUUCACUUUGUCGGGUGUUAGUAAAUUGGCAAAAUAUCUGUUGCUCAAAGGAAGGAAGACGCCCAAGAGCGUUGCUCAACCAGUGCCCGCACACCAGGUGCCAGUGAACAGCGAGCCUGCGGCUGCUGAACAGUUUAAAAUCAGUGUCCUUCUUCCAAACGAUGUGGCAACCGCGUUAAAUGUUGACGAAGUGUCCUAUACAAUCCCGGUGCUCGAAGAAAGUGCUGAAAUUUGUGAAGAGACCCCCGAGAUUGUGCUGAAUACUGGUACAGAGAAUGUGAUGCGUAAUGAAGCAGCGACGGUGACGGUUUCCACCCAACCAGAACCGUGUGAGCCAACAAAUUUGGCCUAUUUAACUGAAUACAACGAUACGGACUGCAGUGAUUACUCAGAGUUCGUAACCGACGUGCCGGUGGGUUCAUCAGACGAAAGUUUGGAAACUGUGCGUACAUCAACAACAAUCCGGCCACAGCAUCGGCCGGUCAAACCAGUGCUCAACAACAUUCAAAGCAACGUGUCUCGGUCGCGCACUGUCGCGAAUGCGAUACUUUACAGUGUUCUGAAUCGAAACGUGCAGCAAUUGAAGAGUGAAUGCACUGCAAGGUCCCUGUCGAACGCAUCCGGACCGAUUCGACAGGUACACACGCAUUUCUGGCUGUUGGAAGUCUACAGCAGGUUCUUAGAUGAUUUACGAAAAAUGAGUGACAGCCUGACCGCAUAUCGGCACCGGUACAGAGCGCUGCAGCAGUUUCGUACCACCCAGCAGGAUGGUUUGUGGCAAUUCUCGUACAACCCCAUCGCUGGCAGUCUGGUAGUGAGUGCUCGGCGUGUGACACGUCCCGUCCCGGGCUACUGUAGUAUGGAUGAAAAGGAUGCCACUUUCGCGUUCAACUACUUCGAAAAGGUCGAAGAAACGUUACUAGCGGCCGGCCGGUUAGAUUUGUUCGAACGGUUUGAAGAACUGAUUAAAAAUUUCAAUGAAAACGAGCACAGACCGACGUUGCUGUAUCGGCAGAUCGAGGACCUGCUCAGCGUCAGCCACCCCGAGCUGGUUGAUAUGUUUCUAACCUUUCUUCUCCCGGCCCAAGCUGUGGAGGUGGGAAGAUUCAUGGAGCACUUUAUCCUCACGAACAUGAGCGAUUUCCUGGAGAAACUGAACCUCUUCUUUGCCAAACAACCGUCGCAGGUUAAAAAAAUAUACGCCUGUCUGAACGAGCUUUCCAAUGAGCCGAACGUCACGAUGGAGCAGGUAAAACUACGGAUCUUACCCCUGCUGAAAGGCAGCACGCUGCUGAGUGAGUGGUUUUUGCAGCUCUUCCCAACGGAACCACCGCCGGAAGUUCCUCUGUGUGACUACGAAACUAUUACGAUGAAAAAGAAUCCCUUGAUGGAAAACUGUGAUGAUGGCCUGGUGUACGAGCAGGUACCGUAUGUGGAAACGGGUCCAGAGGGGCACGAACAGUCUGGGGGACCGAACAGUAUACGGUACAUUCAAGGAAGAAUCAUUCAGGGAGCCCUUCCAGUUCGGCUGUCGUUUCUGGCGAGUAACUGUGUGGUGAAAGUAGGGCCAAAAGACGGGGAAGGCAGCACGGAGCUCAAGCUGUGCGAUGACGCAACGUUACGGGCCCAUGCCAUACGCUUGAAUCCGUUAUUGCACUCGACGAAGGUUACUUCUCUCGGUUCAGGUGUGGUUCACGCACCAGUGGAGGACAGCACGGAUGCGAACGGAACCUGGCCCCAACACCGUGAUGUACCCAGCUAUAGUUUCGAGGACGUCCCGCGAGGCGAUACUUCUCCGCAAAAAGCAUCACCAAAGCAGCUACCAAUAAAGAAGCGGUUUGUUUCUUCGAACCCGCGUCAAAGUGGCGGCAGCGAGAAGACGCCACCUUCAACAGCACAAUCAAAGAAACUAGUUAACAGUACCGUAGCACCCGAUUCUAGGGCACUGGCAACGGGGAAGAAAUUAAAAACGCUCAUCGGUGCCCCACAGCCUUUGGCAGAGAAGGUUCAUAUCGGGGAAGAUGCGGUAAAGAUCAAGGUGCGCCCAUUCGAUGGCCAACCAUUGGGAAGUAGUACUGCAAAUCCACCGGUUGGCCGAGAGCUAGCAACGGUCAGUGUGAACGGAAACGAUCGGUUUCACCAACAACCGAACAUUGCCGACUCCCACGUACCGAGCAAACCAGUACCUGACGUCACAAGAUGGACACGGGAGGAAGAUAAAAUUAUACUAGAAGAAAUGAAGAAUGGAUACUCAUCAGUUGCACCGUUGGUUCAACGAAUCAAGCAAAAGUUGGUAGAGCGGACGAAUGAGCAGAUUAGAAAUCGGUUCGAAUUUUUACUGGAAGUGUUACGAAAGGUCAAUCAAAGGUGAGCCACGUUGUGGUUCGAGUUCGUGGCCUGGUUCGAGUUGUUCGUUCGGAC